AUGAGACCGACGCAAGUUCUGAAUGGCGGCGGCGCCCCAAAUUGGAAGGCUGGCCACUGGCUGGGCGACUGGGGCUCCUUUGGUGGCGCCAAGCAGAAGGGCAUCAUUCUUUACGGCAUAUCUGCCAACAGACAGAACCCCACCGCCGGCAUGGUUCACGAUGCCAUCUUCAACACCUUCCGCCGCACCAAGGGCCAGCUCUUCUACUGGCUUCCUCCUCUGGUGGCCGGAUACUACUUGAUGCAGUGGGCUACUGAGCGCAACCACUACCUUCAGUCCAAGGCCGGCCGUGCAGAGUUUGGUGACGACGCCGAGUAA